AUGCCAAUUCAGUUUUUAAACAAGAGGUAUUUAAAUUUUGGCAUUCAAGCCUGCUACAAGGUGUUGAAAAGCAAAAGAAUGGCACAAAAUCCAUGCCUCGGCUGCAAGUGUAACAGCACGGUAUCAGGAGCAAGUUGCGCGAAGGAGGUGAAACCAGCAGCGGCGUCGUUCCACAACAACUAUGUAGAAGUGUUCGCAAAGAAGGAAGGGAAAAGUGAAGUAAAAUAUACACGUUUGGACGAUUUAAGCAGGUUACUGAAGACAGAGGAAUCCGGGCUUAAAAGAUCGGACGGAAGGGCAGUAAAGUUCUUGCACGUGCCUCCGGAAGUGCUGACAGGCCUGACGUCAGUGGCCUUCACGGAAAUAAUGCACUUUCUACGCACGGAGCACCUGAGCCAGCUGCGGAAAGUGUUCGACGACCCGGAGUCGAGCGACAACGAUAGAUUCGUGUCAAUGCAGUUGCUUAAAAACGCGUGUAUCUCAGCAGGAAAAGUGUUGCCAGGGUGCCAGGACACGGGAACGGCAAUAGUGAUAGGAAAGCGAGGAAACGAGAUAUUCAGCGAAAACGACGCAAAGGCGAUAUCGAAGGGAGUGUACGACUCGUACCUGACGAGGAACUUUAGGUACAGCCAAAUGGCGCCCCUGUCGAUGUUUGAGGAGGUUAACACUAAGUGUAACUUGCCAGCACAAGUGGAGAUAUAUUCGCAAGAGGGAACGGACUAUGAGCUUUUAUUCAUAGCAAAGGGAGGAGGCUCGGCAAAUAAGACGUUUCUAUACCAGCAAACAAAGUCGGUGCUGAAUGAGAGCAGUCUAAUAAGUUUCCUGAUGGAUCAAAUAAAGACGAUAGGAACGUCGGCAUGUCCACCGUACCACCUGGCAGUGGUGGUGGGAGGCCUCUCAGCAGAGAUGACGCUUAAAACAGUGAAGCUGGCGAGCUGCAAGUACCUGGACGGCCUGCCAACUGAAGGAAACGAGUACGGAAACGCAUUUAGAGACUUGGAGUAUGAGCAACUAAUACUGGAGAAAACCAAAACUAUUGGAAUUGGAGCACAGUUCGGAGGAAAGUAUUUCUGCCAUGACGUGAGAGUGAUAAGGCUGCCAAGGCACGGAGCAUCAUGUCCAAUAGGUAGAAUUGGAGUAUCAUGUUCGGCAGAUAGGCAAGUAUUGGCAAAGAUAAAUCCAACAGGAGUAUAUUUGGAGGAGUUGGAACAUGACCCAGCACAGUUUUUGCCAACAAUUAAAUCAGAAAGUUCAGCAGAUGAAAUAAAGGUGGACUUAACGUUAGGGAUGGAAAAGGUGUUGAAGCAGUUGAGAGAGUACCCAGUGAAAACAAGAGUGUUGUUGAGUGGAACACUAAUAGUAGCAAGAGAUAUCGCACACGCAAUAAUAGUGGAAAAAAUGGAAAAGACAAAUGAAAUACCAUCAUACUUUAAAGAGUACCCAAUCUACUACGCAGGACCAGCAAAGAGACCAGAAGGAUAUGUGAGUGGGUCAUUCGGACCAACAACAGCAGGAAGAAUGGACACAUACGCACAAAAGUUGAUGGAAAAAGGAGCAUCACUGAUCACGCUGGCGAAAGGAAAUAGAUCAAGAGGAUUCGUACAAGCAUGUAAAAAACACGGAGGAAUAUACCUGGGCUCAGUGGGAGGACCAGCAGCACUGAUAGCAGAAGACUGCAUCAAGUCAGUGGAAGUAGUGGAUCUGGAACACCUGGGAAUGGAAGCAGUGCACAAAAUAGAAGUUAAAGAAUUCCCAGCAUUCGUAGUAGUAGACGCAAAAGGAAACGAUUUCUACGGACAGUGGUCAAGACAAUCGGAAAAUGGAACAGAAACAGAUGAAAAUGAAGCACAAGUGUGGAAUAAUUACUACUCGACAAUAAAGAGUGUGAAGGAUUACUAUAAAAGCAAUCAGCACUUGAAUAAAACAGCAGAAAAUCGCAACGUACAGGAGACAGUAAAGAGAAUACUGGGAGAGAUAAACCUGGACUCAAUAUUUACGCCGGACGAAAACUACGGAAGGUGCCUGGAUAUGCAGCCGUUCUACAGGACGUACAUUAACCUGCAGCCGCUGAGAAACUACAGAAUGAGUUUACACAGACAGAAAGAGAUACUGAGGCUGAAGAACAAGGGGCUCUCAGAAGAGUUGAUGGAAUCGCACGUGACGGAGUUCACGGAAAUGGACUACGUAGCAUACCUGAAGUCGUUUGAACAGUUUCACACAAUACCAAGGUACUGCAAGUACAAAGUAAAGGAGUACGAAGAGUACCUGGAAAAGCUGCUUGAGUAUCUGCAGUCGUAUUUUAAGCGGCAAAACCCACUGGCAAAUCACGAGUUGCUGACAGUGCAGAUGGAGGAGACGUUUGAAAGUAACUGGAACAAAGGAGCAAUACAAAGCUGGAAGGAGCCGACGGAGCAGAUGGAACUGUACCUGAAGCCAGUGGACAAACUGUUCAGCUCAGAGGGACUGUUAAACUCAUAUAAGUCAGGAAAGAGAUACAAGAGCAUAUCGGAGGAAUUUAGUAAAAAGUCGUCGGACGAAUUGGACCUGCUCUCGUUCGAAAGUAGAAACCACGACAAAAUGCUGGCGUCGAGAGAGUUCAUGAUACAGUCGUAUAGGGAGGUGCUUAACGCGACGCUGGACAGCAGCGUGGAGUACGUGCAGAAGAGAGAGUCGAGGACUGAGAAGGAGACGUCGCAGGUGCUCGCGCAGGAAAUCCUGGACGCACUCGAGGAGGAACACAGCGAGUCGGAAAAGUCGGACCUCGAGGAACAGCCAGUAUACAACCCACUUAACCUGCCGCUCGGCUGGGACGGAAAGCCGAUCCCCUUCUGGCUGUACAAGUUGCACGGACUCGGCCAGGAGUUCAAGUGCGAAAUAUGCGGAAACUACUCAUACUGGGGAAGGAAGGCCUUCGAAAACCACUUCCAGGAGUGGCGCCACGCCUUCGGAAUGCGCUGCCUGAAGAUACCGAACACGCCGCACUUCAAAGAAAUCACAAAAAUCGAGGACGCAUUUGCCCUAUACGAUAAACUGAGGAACAAUAUGGACAAGCAGACGUUUAAAAUAGCACACGAGGCCGAGUGUGAAGACUCUGAAGGGAAUUUGAUGAACCUGAGAGCAUACGAGGACCUGAAGAGACAGGGACUGCUAUAA